AUUUGUUUCACUUUGGGAUUAAAAAUUUACAGCACGGCAGUCAACUUAAUUUCUUCCAUAUCGGACGAGAUUUUUCGUUGUUUUCAACGGUGCUGGUAGACUCCAUCUUACACCCCGGAGUUGGAUUAACGCGACUCUCGUCCUGUUAAUGACAAAAUAAUAAUAACAAACUACAUCUAUGUUGUAGACUCGUGAAGUAAUCAUUCUCUUUUAUCGUACAACAGGAUAAAAACGAAUUAUUUUGAUAGUUCCUCUUUGUUCAUUACUUCAUUCAUAUUUAUCUAACUUCCUGUUUGAAUAAAAAAGAAAUAAAAAUAUUUAGACCACCGCCAUACAAGGAAAAUGUCAGUUUGGGAAGAUAAUAUACAUACAAAAUCUGAAUUUACCUCAAGCGUGGGAAAGUCUCAUCAACAUAAGUAUUCACCAUACCAGAAGAUAAUUACAUAUAACAUUGAAAACAUUGUAAAACAUGAACCAAAGGCGGAGGACAAACUACUUCAGACGCAUUGUGUCCUGUCAAAAUGUCAAGGUCAACUUAUACCGCAAGAAGAGUUGAAAAAUGUCACAUCGUGUGACCUUCCUAUAAAUGUAACAUGUGGAAGCAAUGAAAUUAUCGCAGUGCAUUCGUUGUACUUUUGGUACCAUGCGACUUGCUCAGGCACAUGCUGUCCCUAUGACAGCAGUCACUUUAGUGCUGGUGCAGAUACUGGCGUUAUCCAGGCUGUCCGUCGUAAGUGUUCGGGAGAAAAUGCAUGUAGCCUAGUCCAGCUUGAUGGUGUACGUGACUUUGGAAGUGGGGGUGUUCAUGACCCUUCUUACUAUGUUGUAAAAUAUUACUGCAUACCUGCAUUGAGGACGACUUCAAUUUGCUCAGAAGAAACGCUAACAUCAGCAGGUGAACCACUGUAUCUAGCAAGCGAGAAUUAUCCAUCCGUGACGACUAGGAAUAGCACGUGCUCGUGUUCUUUAGAAGUUUUCUCGUGCACGUCGAGUGUAAAACUUUAUAUUAUUGAUGCAGACUUGUACUUAGAUGAAACAACUUGUGAACAAACUAUUGACUUUGUUGAUGGUACAAGUACAUCUCUCAGUACGAUCAAUUGUAAAUCUUAUUAUGAAAACAGGAUAGAUGAAAUAAGCUUUAGCACCAAUUAUGUGAAAAUUGAUUUCAUUGAUAAUUCUGCACAAAAUCAAGAAGGAUACAUUUUCCUCGGAUUUAGAGUGUCUGAAGAAGUUGCUUUUAAACUCAGCUGCCAAUACGAACAACAAACCGUGUGCCGUGACUGUGGAGCUCCGGGCCUUAUUCCACAUGGAAAAUUGGAACUCGUCGAUAGCAGCAACAGUAGUUACGGUUCAUUAGCUAAGGUCAGCUGUGACAAUGGAUAUGAGUCAGACGAUUUAAAUGUCAGUUGUCUAGAUACAGGCCAGUGGGAAAAUACUGCGUGUUCACUCAAAGAUUGUGGGACACCGUAUGAUAUCUCCAAUGGCACUAUAACACCUGUCAUCAAUGGGAGUACAACCUUUGGCGCAAGAGCUAAUGUUAUAUGUGAUGAAGGAUUUGAAAUAAAAGGAAAUUGUGCUGGUACCCAGUUUCAAUGUGGCGAUGGUUCGUGCAUUGACAACAGUUUGUGGUGUGAUAAUUUUCCACAUUGUGACGACAUCUUAGACGAAUUAUUGUGUGAUGGUGAGCAGUCUUGCCUUGAAGGUCAAAUGUUAUGUGGUACGAGUUGUGUUGAUUCUCAAGUAGGCCUAUCAUGCAAUGAUAGCAGUACAACGGAUGUUGAAGACAGCACUGGAACUAUUAGCUGUUUAGUGAUAGGCAAAUGGGAGAUUGUCAAAUGCUCAGCAAAAGAUUGCGGAAAUCUCAGGGAGAUUCAGAAUGGUACUAUAUCCCUUACUGUCAUCAAUAUGACAACAUAUCAGUCGACGGCUGCCGUAACAUGUGAUGCAGGUUUCGUUGCAUCGGCGGAAAUAAUUUCCUGUCAGGCGAAUGGCACUUGGGAAAAUGCUAGUUGUAUUACUGACUGUGGUCCGCCUCAAAAUGCGACCGGUGCCUCAGUAACAACUUCAAAGGGUAAUAUUGAAAAUUCAGUAGCAACAUAUGUAUGUACAGAUGGAUACGCACAUACAUCUGGGGAUCUUCAGCGAACAUGCGGAUCUGACCAUAAAUGGAGCGGAAUAUUGCCAACAUGCACGCCAGAUUGCGGCAUACCUGCAAAUACGACAGGCGCUGAAGUAACGACAUCAGCUGGUACUACUGAAAAUUCAAUAGCAACGUACGUAUGUCAAAAUGGAUUCACACACACAUCCGGAAAUCUAACGCGUACAUGUGGACCCGACAGUACUUGGAAUGGAACACUUCCAACUUGCACACCCGAUUGUGGAGAUCCAGACAAUGUAACUGGUGCAACUUUUACAACGUCAAAUAAUAACUUAGAAUCAUCUGUUGCUACAUACGUAUGUGGAGAAGGGUACACGCAUACUUCCGGCGAUUUGCUACGAACGUGUAGAUCAGACAGCACUUGGAAUGGAGCACUUCCAGUUUGCACACCUGAUUGUGGAGAUCCAGACAAUGUAACUGGUGCAACUUUUACAACGUCAAGUAAUAACUUAGAAUCCUCUGUUGCUACAUACGUAUGUGGAGACGGGUACACGCAUACUUCCGGCGAUUUAAAACGGACGUGUACAUCCGACAGUACUUGGAAUGGAACACUUCCAACUUGCACACCUGAUUGUGGCACACCUCCAAAUUCGAUGGGCGCUGAAGUAACCACAUCAGCUGGUACUCUUGAAAAUUCAGUUGCAACAUACGUAUGUCAAAAUGGAUUCAAACAUACAUCCGGUAAUCUAACGCGUACAUGUGGACCUGAAAGUACUUGGGAUGGAACACUUCCAACUUGCACACCCGAUUGUGGAGAUCCAGACAAUGUAACUGGUGCAACCUUUACAACGUCAAGAAAUAACUUAGAAUCCUCAGUUGCUACAUACGUAUGUGGAGACGGGUACACGCAUACUUCCGGCGAUUUGCAACGGACGUGUACAUCCGACAAUACUUGGAAUGGAACACUUCCAACUUGCACACCUGAUUGUGGCACUCCUCAAAAUUCGAUGGGUGCUGAAGUAACCACAUCAGCUGGUAAUCUUGAAAAUUCAGUUGCAACAUACGUAUGUCAAAAUGGAUUCACACAUACAUUCGGUAAUCUAAGGCGUACAUGUGGACCCGACAGUACUUUGAAUGGAACACUUCCAACUUGCACACCUGAUUGUGGCACCCCUCCAAAUACGAAUGGCGCUGAAGUAACCACAUCAGCUGGUACUCUUGAAAAUUCAGUUGCAACAUACGUAUGUCAAAAUGGAUUCACACAUACAUCCGGUAAUCUAAGGCGUACAUGUGGACCCGACAGUACUUGGGAUGGAACAGUUCCAACUUGCACACCCGAUUGUGGAGAUCCAGACAAUGUAACUGGUGCAACUUUUACAACGUCAAGUACUAACUUAGAAUCCUCUGUUGCUACAUACGUAUGUGGAGACGGGUACACGCAUACUUCCGGCGAUUUGCAACGGACGUGUACAUCCGACAGCACUUGGAAUGGAACACUUCCAACUUGCACACCUGAUUGUGGCACUCCUCCAAAUUCGAUGGGCGCUGAAGUAACCACAUCAGCUGGUACUCUUGAAAAUUCAGUUGCAACAUACGUAUGUCAAAAUGGAUUCACACAUACAUCCGGUAAUCUAACACGUACAUGUGGACCCGACAGUACUUGGGAUGGAACAGUUCCAACUUGCACACCCGAUUGUGGAGAACCAGAAAAUGUAACUGGAGCAACUGUUACAACGUCAAGUAAUAACUUAGAAUCCUCUGUUGCUACAUACGUAUGUGGAGACGGGUACACGCAUACUUCCGGCGAUUUGCAACGAACGUGUACAUCCAACAGCACUUGGAAUGGAACACUUCCAACUUGUACACCUGAUUGUGGCACACCUCCAAAUUCGAUGGGCGCUGAAGUAACCACAUCAGCUGGUACUCUUGAAAAUUCAGUUGCAACAUACGUAUGUCAAAAUGGAUUCACACAUACAUCCGGUAAUCUAACGCGUACAUGUGGACCUGAAAGUACUUGGGAUGGAACACUUCCAACUUGCACACCCGAUUGUGGAGAUCCAGACAAUGUCACUGGUGCAACUUUUGCAACGUCAAGUAAUAACUUAGAAUCCUCAGUUGCUACAUACGUAUGUGGAGACGGGUACACGCAUACUUCCGGCGAUUUACAACGGACGUGUACAUCCGACAGUACUUGGAAUGGAACACUUCCAACUUGCACACCUGAUUGUGGCACUCCUCCAAAUUCGAUGGGUGCUGAAGUAACCACAUCAGCUGGUAAUCUUGAAAAUUCAGUUGCAACAUACGUGUGUCAAAAUGGAUUCACACAUACAUCCGGUAAUCUAAGGCGUACAUGUGGACCUGACAGUAAUUGGGAUGGAACACUUCCAACUUGCACACCCGAUUGUGGAGAUCCAGAAAAUGUAACUGGUGCAACUGUUUCAACGUCAAGUAAUAACUUAGAAUCCUCUGUUGCUACAUACGUAUGUGGAGACGGGUACACGCAUACUUCCGGCGAUUUGCAACGGACGUGUACAUCCGACAGUACUUGGAAUGGAACACUUCCAACUUGCACACCUGAUUGCGGUACCCCUCCAAAUUCGAUGGGCGCUAAAGUAACGACAUCAGCUGGUACUCUUGAAAAUUCAGUUGCAACAUACGUAUGUCAAAAUGGAUUCACACAUACAUCCGGUAAUCUAACGCGUACAUGUGGACCUGAAAGUACUUGGGAUGGAACACUUCCAACUUGCACACCCGAUUGUGGAGAUCCAGACAAUGUCACUGGUGCAACUUUUGCAACGUCAAGUAAUAACUUAGAAUCCUCUGUUGCUACAUACGUAUGUGGAGACGGGUACACGCAUACUUCCGGCGAUUUACAACGGACGUGUACAUCCGACAGUACUUGGAAUGGAACACUUCCAACUUGCACACCUGAUUGUGGCACUCCUCCAAAUUCGAUGGGUGCUGAAGUAACCACAUCAGCUGGUAAUCUUGAAAAUUCAGUUGCAACAUACGUGUGUCAAAAUGGAUUCACACAUACAUCCGGUAAUCUAAGGCGUACAUGUGGACCUGACAGUAAUUGGGAUGGAACACUUCCAACUUGCACACCCGAUUGUGGAGAUCCAGAAAAUGUAACUGGUGCAACUGUUUCAACGUCAAGUAAUAACUUAGAAUCCUCUGUUGCUACAUACGUAUGUGGAGACGGGUACACGCAUACUUCCGGCGAUUUGCAACGGACGUGUACAUCUGACAGUACUUGGAAUGGAACACUUCCAACUUGCACACCUGAUUGUGGCACCCCUCCAAAUUCGAUGGGCGCUGAAGUAACGACAUCAGCUGGUACUCUUGAAAAUUCAGUUGCAAUAUACAUAUGUCAAAAUGGAUUCACACAUACAUCCGGUAAUCUAACGCGUUCAUGCGGACCCGACAGUAUUUGGAAUGGAACACUUCCAACUUGCACAUCCGAUUGUGGAGAUCCAGAAAAUGUAACUGGUGCAACUGUUACAACGUCAAGUAAUAACUUAGAAUCCUCUGUUGCUACAUACAUAUGUGGAGACGGGUACACGCAUACUUCCGGCGAUUUACAACGGACGUGUACAUCCGACAGUACUUGGAAUGGAACACUUCCAACUUGUACACCUGAUUGUGGCACUCCUCCAAAUUCGAUGGGCGCUGAAGUAACGACAUCAGCUGGUACUCUUGAAAAUUCAGUUGCAACAUACGUAUGUCAAAAUGGAUUCACACAUACAUCCGGUAAUCUAAAGCUUACAUGUGGACAUGACAGUACUUGGAAUGGAACACUUCCAACUUGCACACCCGAUUGUGGAGAUCCAGAAAAUGUAAAUGGUGCAACUGUUACAACGUCAAAUAAAAACUUAGAAUCCUCUGUUUCUACAUACGUAUGUGGAGAAGGGUACACGCAUACUUCCGGCGAUUUGGAACGGACGUGUAGAUCCAACAGUACUUGGAAUGGAACAAUUCCAACUUGCACACCCGAUUGUGAAGAUCCAGAAAAUGCAACUGGUGCAACUGUUACAACGUCAAAUAAAAACUUAGAAUCCUCUGUUGCUACAUACGUAUGUGGAGACGGGUACACGCAUACUUCCGGCGAUUUGCAACGAACGUGUACAUCCGACAGUACUUGGAAUGGAACACUUCCAACUUGUACACCUGAUUGUGGCACCCCUCAAAAUUCGAUGGGCGCUGAAGUAACCACAUCAGCUGGUACUCUUGAAAAUUCAGUUGCAACAUACGUAUGUCAAAAUGGAUUCACACAUACAUCCGGUAAUCUAAAGCGUACAUGUGGACCCGACAGUAAUUGGGAUGGAACACUUCCAACUUGCACACCCGAUUGUGGAGAUCCAGAAAAUGUAACUGGUGCAACUGUUACAACGUCAAGUAAUAACUUAGAAUCCUCUGUUGCUAUAUACGUAUGUGGAGAAGGGUACACGCAUACUUUCGGCGAUUUGCAACGGACGUGUAGAUCCGACAGUACUUGGAAUGGAACACUUCCAACUUGCACACCCGACUGUGGUAUCCCCAGUGCCAUAGACAAUGGUACAAUAUUCGUUGAUGUCGACGGCAGAACCACAUAUCUAUCUACAGCAACUGUAACUUGUGUCUCGGGAUUUUAUCCAACGACUGAUACUAUUAUAUGCCAAGCUAAUGGCACAUGGGAAAUAGUCUAUUGCGUUGUUACAGACUGCGGGAAGCCUCCUCAAAUUAUGGAUGGUAAAUUCGUCCUAAACAAAGAAACGCAAACGACGUUUGUUUCUUCUGCAACUGUUGUCUGCGACAUUGGCUAUACAGCAACUUCUCCUAAAAUAUCAUGUCAAGCCAAUGGUUCAUGGGAAAAUGCAUCAUGUGAAAUAAAUGACUGCGGAAUCCCAAAUACCAUAGACAAUGGUACCAUAUCUGUAGAUGUUCCUGGUACAACGACGUACCUUUCUACUGCGACGGUAUCAUGCGAAGAAGGGUUCGAUGCAUCAUCUAAUUCCACAUCGUGUCAAGCAAGUAGUGUAUGGCAAGAUGUCUCCUGUGUAAUUAAAGAUUGCGGAAUUCCUAGGACAUUAGACAAUGGAACAAUAGAUAUAGAUACUCCUGGUAAAACAUCAUACCUUUCUACUGCAACUGUGUUUUGCGACUCUGGAUUUGAUGAAUCAUCUGAUUCAAUAUCGUGUCAAGCGAACGGUACAUGGCAAGCCGCGUCUUGUGUGAUCAAAGACUGUGGAAUGCCUCCGAAAAUAGAUGACGGAAACAUUGAAAUAAAUGCAGAAAACAAAACAACUUUCGGCUCAAAAGCGGUCAUUAAAUGUCAAACUGGAUUUAAUCCAUCCAGUGUUUCAGUUAUGUGCCUUGCAAACGGAACAUGGACUGAAGCUUCGUGUACAAGUAAAGCUUUAGAUUGUGGGCCUCCUCCUAACCUCGAUAACGGACAAAUCACCUUGUCAACCAUUGGAAUGACGCAGGUCGGAGCAACCGCAAUAGUGUCAUGUAACAUUGGAUAUAUUAAAUCUGUCUCGUCAGUUACGUGUUUAAGGUCUGUACAGUGGCAACAAGCAUCGUGUGAUAUUAUAGAUUGUGGAGACCCGCCUAUUAUUCGCCAUGGUAUAAUUGAAGUUUUAGAGGGUUCAUUUACAACCUACGACUCCGUUGCCCACGUUACCUGUCAGGAAGGAUAUAGAACAGAACAAAAGUUUGUUGCGUGUGAGGAGACAGGCACGUGGGAAACUAGUACAUGCAUUCCUGAAGAACACGACGAUGACAUUUUUAUCAUUCUUGUGGCAGUAGGUGGUGCUGUGUUGUUGCUCGCGCUCAUUAUACUGGUAAUAAUCAGCGUAUUGAGUAAGUCAAGGAAAACGUCUAUGAACUUACACCAUGAGAGAAUGAACAGAGAUUUUCAUAAUUAUGAUAAUAAUAUUACUAGAGAAAACUAUUUACCAACUAAACACGGAGCGAUUGAAGAUGAAGACUUUUCAAUCGACGAAGCUAUUGCAGUUGUAGAAGGACCUCCUAUAGAAAAUGGUGGAAAUAUACUGUGGAUUGAAGCUCCGCUUCCAGAACAGGGACAUAUUAUGUCACCAGACGAUAUUAAUGUAUUGGAAGAAAAUGUUUUCAAACAGCACGAACCUCACAUGUGGCAUACUGAUAUGCACACACAUACGGAAGGAUCAGAAUAUGAUUGGGAAUUUUCACCAUACCAUUUCUAAGAAAAUACCUGCUACCGGAAGAUAUCAUUCAAUUAAAAAAGAAGUUCAGGUCACAAGAUUAGUGAUAUUAAUUUUGCCGAUGACUCAUGCGGAGAACCGUAACACAUACAAGUUUAAUUUCUGGUAUUGAAUUGUCACUUAUGAACUAUUGUCACCGUCAUCAGUGUUUUGUGUUGUAGAUACAUCAGUUCGAACAUUUGGAAACCAUAAAAGCCGUUGAUAAAUUUUGUUAUAUAUGACUAGUCACUCGCUCAAGGUGUUUGAACAUAUGCUGAUCUUAAUGUUUACAUAAAUCAUCUUAUUAUUACAAUAAUAUCUGGUUUAUCAUUUCAUCAGUAAAUCAAAACUAAUAUUAUUAAAGAUGACAAGCAAAUAUCUUCUAAAUCUUAAUAUUAUUUGAUCGCUAAAUUUAAGGAAAAUAGUCUUUUAUAUUCGUUUACUUAUUAACAGAUGUUGAUAGGAUUUUACUUAAGAAAUAAUAGGUUCCCAAACGUGGUUUAUCGUUGAGGUCUUAUGCGUAAGAAUAUAUCACGAAGGCCGUAGGCCUGAGUGAUAUAUUGUUUCACAUAAGAACGAAAAACUCUGGUUAUUCACUGAUAAAUCACACUUGGGAACUUAUUAUUUCGAUUCUAACACGACAUACUAGUAUCAACAGUGUUAGAAAAAAAUGGAAACUACUUUUUACGACCGCGCUACGCACCUGGAUCGGAUGACGUCAUUGCACGCGAGUGGUAUAUUGCAGAAUAACCCGAGAUAGAUUUUGCUCUACAUGUAUGUAGGUUAUUUGCUGGUCGUGUUAGAAUAGUAUGUAACAGUUGAUUUGUAUACAUACACGUUGAACUUGUCUUAUAGGUGAAGACAAACGGAAACCGAUCCUGUAAAUACUUGUACAUAUGAAAAGUUUAAAACCCCAUUGCAAAUUUUCUACGUUCAUUUAUUCAUUAUACUGAUGUAAAAUCAUAUACAAUAACAUAAAAACAAUAUUACUUAGAAUACCGUUGUCAUCUUUGUUAUUGCCUGCGUUUAAAUUUUACUCUGUAAAUAAAGUGACUUAUAAUGCAAGUAUGUAUAGGUCUGUUCAUUAUUAUAAACGUAAACACAAGUCACUAUCAUAAGAGAUUUAUCAUAUCUUAUCUUGUGUUAUAUUAUUUCCUACACAAUUACAUGUACAUUACCAUAUGAGACACCUUAUGUUCUUUGCUUAGCCUUUUUCUUCGACAUCGUUUAUUGCCCGUACUUUUAUGUUGUCAAUGACGUUUUUCUUUUGUACAAAUUACCACAUUUAAAUUGGUGGUCAUUAAACUGCUGUUAAUACUUUUAAGAAAAAUACCAGUCAAGCAACCCUUCAAAAAUUGGGUUAUCUGUAUUCAGAAACUUUUAUAGAUAUGUUAUAAUAAUUAAAAGGACAGCUGACACAGACUUCUUUCCCUAACAUGAUUAUGGAUGAUCAUUCAACAUAUUUUUGUUAACAACAUUAUAAACAUUUAGAUAGACAAUUGAAGAAUCAAGAUACAAAUUACAAAACAAAAGACGAAAAACGGCUUCGCGCAUUUCAACAAAUUCUCGUAACACAGAAUGCAAAACAUUCCAGUCAUUCCGGCACCAACAUUGUCUUACUUGAAUGUAUGUGAUCAAAUCUUGUCCAUCAUAUGUGAUUAAAUAGUCAUAAUAAAAACACAUAUGUUCAGUGCCAAUUAGUAUAGCAAAGUCCGUUGUACACCUAAAUAUGCACAAUGCUGUAUGCUUCACUAUAAAUUCCAUUGUUUACACGUUUCCUCAGUGAUUAAUGGUAUACGGCUAAAUGCAUGUUUUUGCAUAAUGGUCCAUAAAACAAAACAUUGUGUAUAAUUUAAUAAACACAAAGUCGCAUGUUUCGCAAUAUCAUCCAUGUACAUGUAGCUUUCACGUUUAUUUCACACAAAAAUAGUGCUACAUUUUACAAACGCUCCAAACACCAACGUACUUUGGUAAAUACAGGCUUUAUCUAUACUAAGUAAGUUCGAAUCUUCUGCCUAAUGUGUCUCUGGCAUACUGGACACUGUGUCAGUGGUUCAGCGCACUCCAUGCAUAGACGGUGAUGCGUACAUGGAAUGAACAAAACGUUAACAUCAUUCCGUCCACACGUCAUGCAUUUUAUCAAACUUUUAAGACGCAUAUUUUCUUCCAUGGGAGUUUCUGAAAUGUAUAAUGCUCAAUAAUAUAAACAUUUCAGCUGCAAGAACAUCGCUUACACGUUCUUAAUGCGUAAGAUUCAACUGUAUUCAAAUGUUAUCACAUUUUUUUCAGCUUGACAUGUUCGAGUGAAAAAUAUGUAGGUACUCCAAAGUUGAAAAUACUUUUUUGAUACUUCUUGCUUGUACGAACCUUCAAAAUUGGCAAAGAUCUAACCAUUGCAAACUUUAAAAAAUGUUUGUUUUACAUGAUGAUUCAAAACAUCUUUCACACCAGUUUUCAUGACAAUAUUCUGUCUGGUAAAAGACAUCUCGAUGUUACAUUGAAACAAAUGAAUCUUCUCUGUAUGCAGUAUGCAGUACAAUAAUGGUACGUAACAAACUGCAAGAGUUGGACAUAUUGUCAUAAUUUCAUGGAACUAUAUAAAUAAGUGUUUUAUUAUACGACUGCUGAA